UCUGACUCUGGCCCAUCAAGAAACAGGUAACGAAACUGAAUUAAGAACUCAAAACAGUCAAACAAAAGAAAAAAAAAAGAUUUAUUUCAAAGGAGUACUAACUGCAAGAACUAGUAACAAAAAGAAACGAAAUUCAGGAAUUUUUUACUUUUAUUAAAACAGACAUUUCACUUACCUGUGCUAGUAACCUGUGGAGUUAUAUUUUAUAAACAAACUUAAAGUAAAAGGUUAAUAACUAAAGACCAUGAAGCUACUACACAUAGUCACUGUCGCUUGUGUCAUUCUGUCCAUUUAUGCUCAAACAUGUCCACCAAUGGAGAUGUCCUUCUUGAUUGACCAGUCCGAGAAUGCUCGUUGGGCUGGAUCCACCAGCAACACCACAGACUCUGCAACAAACUUUAACAUUCUGGAUCAACAGCUCAGAACCGUCUUCAGCAAUUCACUGCUCCUCAACAGUGCCUCUGUCAGCGUUGGGGCCUACGGUUACAGCGCUGGUGAGUCUUUGAACAUCAUUCCUUACUGGACGUCUGUGGCCAAUGCACCAAACUUUUUGUAUCAGUUGAGAUCUCUUCCAAACUCUGGCUCAUGGACAUACUCUGGAUUAAGAAACAUUGUGGACAGACCAAGAUAUGCCAACAGCAUUCUCUUCCUGAUCACAUCCCAGGGGUCAAGUUCUACCACAAGAAGGAAUGAAGCCAUAGCAGAUGCUAACAGAGUCAAAGCUCUGGGCUGGAACAUAAAACUGCUUGCCAUGCAGAGCAACAAUCCUUUUGAUUCACAAGAACUGCAAGCUAUUGAUUCUAAUUACAUCACCAUUUCUGACCUGCCCAAGUCUUACUAUGGCCUGUCAAGAGAGAUCAACAGAAUCAUCAAUGGCAUUUGCAAUGUUGUCCCAACCACUACAACAACAACUACAACAACUUCCACUUCCACCACCACAACACCAGCACCUAGAACAGCUGCACCAACAUUUUCCACGAGAGACAAUACAGGACUCUGCAGUGAAUGCAGAUACAAUGCAGGGUUCGGCUACGACUCUGAUCCCGAUUACUGCGACACCUACUACAGGUGCCUGCCAGACUUGAAACCCAUCAAGGCGCUUUGCCCUGCAGGAACUUUCUGGGACGGCGACGGCUGCAACUUUGUUGAUGCUGUUAAAUGUACCAAAGCUGUCUGUAGCUCAGCCAACCAGAACACAACUUACCCCAGUGGCAGAUGUUGUAACAAAUACUACGAGUGCUUUAACAGUAAACUCUAUGAGAGGAUUUGCCCUCUAGAUCAGUUCUACGAUUCCGUUACAAGACGAUGCGGUCCAACCACCAAUAAAAAUGCCACCUGUGAAGCGCUAGGUAGAUUCGAGUGUGACGUCAACAGAAAUGUAGGUCUUCCCAACUGCAAUGGCUACGCCCCUGACGUCUACGGUAACCCCUGCAAAUACCAAUUUAACGGAUAUUCCAUGAGUGUCGCUACAGGCACCACUUGGAGUCAAACUGUGUGCUCCCUGGUCAGAGACGAUGCGAAAGCCUGUAGUGCUGUGGUCAACGAAAGAGCCUUUGAACCCACAAAUAACACCUGUAACGCUAACUUCCUUGCAACCUACAACAGCGGUUCUAAAGCUGUUUUCAGUGAGAGGGCUGGCACCAACAUUGACAUCGCUACCACCCAACAGGAAGUUCUGCUGACCAACAACGCCUUGACCUUCACCGCCGCCAUGGUCAGCCCUUAUUUAUACUACUACUUUUUUAACAACAAAGAUAUGGGCAUCGACACUGCCUUCAGAGUCAGGUUCAGCCUCCAGGGCGGUCAAGAUGGUAAAACCUACGAUAUCCUGUCUAACAGCUACUGCUCCCUGUGUCCAGACACCAUCAAAUUCACAGUCUACCAAUCAAGCGCCAACAGCUACGUUGUGACAGCCACAUUCUUGACCACUGAGAGAGUCACAGUGGAGACAUCAGCCACCAUCAGCAAUGUCAAUCCCAGCAACCUCCUGGAGAUGACUGUUGUCUAUAGCGACACUUCCGUGUACGGUAAACUAUAUGAAGUGAACACAGCAAACACUGUAGUCAGGACAGUUGACUUCGGCAGAGUUGGCAAGACAGGAGGAGUUCACAUUGCUACCAAUAAAUGCGGUAUCCAGCUUGGUAGAGGCGCCAACAAUCACUUUGUUGGUAUUAUUGAUGAAUUCGCAGUUUAUGAGAAAUGUGCAAAUAUCAACCAGGCUUUCAGAGCAUAGAGCAUCACAGAGCAAUCAGUUCUUCAUUAGCAUCAUAUUUAUAUCAUUUCUGAGAUGGAGUGCUGGACACAGAAAGAGAUUUUCAUUGCAUAGACUUACUCAAGAAACAUUCAACAAUAAACACAGUUUUUGAUAAACAAAAA